AUGCCGUUGGAAAGAGGGUGCACAAAGCCGGGGGAAUUGGUCGUAGUCGGUAAAAGAAGGGCGAUCACUUGGUUAAACAGCAGUAACAGUGACGUUUCGCUUUUGCCAGUCGCGUUGGGUCGCCACAGAGACUUGGUAGUCAGUAAACAACCAAAGCUUUGGCUUUCGACACUGCAAAGGGUGCCUGCUGACGGAGGCGGGAGGCAUGGCACUACAUCUGUACUGCAGUCUGUUGAGCUGCCAUACGAGCACAGAGUCCUGAGGAAAAUACUGUACCCUUGGUAG